AUGUCUUGCUACGACCUGUGCUCCACUGCCAUUGGUGGCAUCAACCGCCCCCAGCCCAUCGCUGACAGUGGGAAUGAGCCGUGUGUCCGUCAGUGCCCUGACACCACGACUGUGAUCCAGCCACCCCCAGUCGUCGUCACCUUCCCCGGCCCCUUCCUCAGCUCCUUCCCCCAGGACUCGGUUGUGGGAUCCUCUGGAGCACCCGUCCUCGGGGGCUAUGGGGGUUAUGGCUCCCUGGGCUAUGGGGGUCUGUACGGCUAUGGGGGCUCCCUGGGUUACAGGGGUCUGUAUGGUUAUGGUAGACCCUACGGUUCUGGCUAUUGCAGCCCUUAUUCCUACUGGUACAACAGGUACAGCCGUGGCAGCUGCGGGCCCUGCUAA